AUGGAAGUCUCAAAUGAAACGCAAAAAUGUAUUGGGGUGAUGGAAGCGGGAAAGGGAAGUAAUGCAGAACAGGGCUGCAAAGAUUCAUCGUGUGGAAAAGCAAACAGUGAUAGUAAGGAGGUAGGAAGUAAGGCGAGAGAGGGGGAUGGCAAUAACACUGGAAAUUGCAAUAACAGCGAGACACUUAAGACAAGCGAAGGGACAGGCGGCAAAAACGAAAACGACAUGAACAAAAUCGAUAAGGGGAAGAAAAGAAAAAAUUCGAAGAAAAAGUAUUAUAAUAAAAAUAAAAAACAGGCCGAUUUGUGCUCCCCAGAAAAAACGCCCACCCAGGAGAACGGCUUGCCUAAGGAAAGCAGCAACAACCUUGGGGGGGGAAAAGUAAAAGGCGAGGACGGUACAAAAAAGAAUCAAGUAAAUAAUGCCCCAAAUAUUGAAUCGGCUGUAAAGGGAGACGAAAAACAAAUGGGAAAUGAGAGCGGCAUAAAGCAGUAUAAAAAUGGACAGGGAGCUGAAACGAGUAAUGGAAAGGCCGAUGAGGCAGGGCAGGACAAAUUAGCAGAGGGGGAAAAAAAGACAAAGAAAAAAAGAAAAAAAGCCAAAAGGAAAAAGAAAAAGGGUAAUAAAGUUGCGGGUGAAGGCGAAAAUAAAGGCGAUUGCAAAGGCCAUGGCGAAACAGGUGACGAAAAGAUUAGCGGUUUGACAAAAAUUAAGGACACGCUCCCAGAUGAUCACAGCAAUGAAAACGCCAGUACCACAACGGCAAUUAGCACCAACACGGAUUCCAACGCAAGGAGGAAGAGCGUUGUCAAGAGCACCAUGGACUCGGCGAAGCUUUACAGCAAUGACCUUACGACCGAUCCAGUGCAUGAUAAGGCACAAAAUGGCGAGGACAAUCUCACUUUGGCAAAAAAUAAAAAGGAACACCUCUCUAAAAAGACAAACGUCAAUCAAAACACCAUGUACAAAAUACCUAGCAAAAGUAUGACCAAAGAUCAAAUUAACAAUCUUGCAAAUUUGAUUUAUAAAAAUAGCAUUGGUUAUGGUCUCCCCCCGAAGAGUGUAGCUAAUAACUUCAGUACGAAUCCAUGUGAAGGUUCCUGUAGUAAUAACCACCCCCUCAAUUUUAUGAACAUGCAGCAAUUGUCGAAAAGCGCAAAUUGUAAAUAUGGAUUCAAUGUGGACAAUCAGGUAUAUUCCUCAAAUUGCUUGUACGGGCAGGUCCCCUUCCGCAACACAAAUGAGUGCUAUGAUUAUUCGUAUGCGGACGGGGUUACCGAUGGCCUGGGGAAUUUUUUCUACGGCAGCAACAUAUCGAGGAAUGCCCUAAUGGAGAGGGCCCUCUCGUUGCACAGCAUGUACAAUGUGGGAAGCGCGAGUGCAUUGGAUGAUGUUGGCGGGUUUAGCGGUGCUGACGGUGUUGGCGGAUUUAGCGGCGUUGAAGGUGUCGGCCAUUUUAGCAGCUUCAGCGGAGCCACCUUUCGAAGACAACGCAAAUUGCCACCGCGGGGAAACGACAGCUUGGCGCAAGGCGCGAAUUACGAAUUGGGCAAGAAGAAGGCGGAUGUGCAAAAUGGUUACAUGACCAGAUUCAAUUCGACUGGCUCCAUCGCGAAACAUUUGCAUUAUGAACAGAAUCAGGAGGAUCUAACUUUCAACAAACGAGAUAGUAACAAAAAGGGGCACUACCACCACAACGCGAGUAGAAGUGUGUCCAGGGGAGGGCAGAUCCUCCAGGGGGGAGUCAGCAACACGGUGACUGUAGGGAAAAUGGCUAAUAUGGGCAGCACCGCAGUGAAGGAGGAAAACUUUUCUAGUGCGUCCAACGUUGCUUACUUUACCAAUGGGGCGAACCUAAACAUCAGAGGGAAGUACCACCCCCAACAGCAAGGGAAUAUCCAACUGAGCAACGGUUCUGUGAUUUCAGGCAUGCGGAAUGAUGGUACCUACGGGUACAUACAAAGGGGAAAGUAUGACGCAUCAUAUUACCCCCAACAAAAUGCUGAGAUGGUGCAGACCAGGAAAUUGACAAAAGGGAUGAAUGCCCCGUUGCGAGCCUGUAAAAUACAAAAUAAUGUUACUAACAGUAGAAGGUUUGCACCAAAUGCAUAUGGGAGAGAAAAUUACAUCGGUGAAAAGAGUGCACAGGGAGGAGUAGCAACUAAAGACAAGGAAGAGACCCCCAAACUAACUGACUCAACUGUUGAAAAGGGAAGAGCUGCCAACUUUGAAGUCAAUAAAGAGAUUCACAAAUUCAUAGACUAUUGUGUGAAAAAUUAUGGAGACAAAUAUAUUGCGAAUGUUUUGCAUGAGUUUGCUCCGGAGGGCAUUGACGAGAAGUACGAUGAAUUGAGGAACAUGUUCAAAAUUAACAUAAGUGAGGAAAACUUGAGCACUUUGCAGAUGCUGGAGGGGGAGGGGAAUGGCCAGUUGCCUGCGUUUUUGGAGGGCGACACGGAGCAGCUGAAAAGCGAAUCGCAUAAAGAGGUGCCUCUGAAGGAGGUGCAGCUCAAACAAGAAUCGACCAAAGGGGAGUCUCCUAAAGAGGAAUCGCAUAAAGAUGUGCCGCUAAAGGAGGAACCGCUCAAAGAGGAAUCGCCUGAAAAGGUGCCGCUUCAAGAGGAACCGCUCAAGGAGGGUGCAGACGCAGGGAACGUGUUCGAGGGGGACCCAUCCGUGAGCGUGACGAUCCCCCCGGGGCUGAGCCUCCCCGACAUAAACCGAGCCCUGCUGCACGGUGCGUACUUAGACAACAUCGCGGUGGUGAAAAAGUGCCUCGAGAAAAACGCAGACAUAAAUUAUUUCGACAAAAUUGGAAGAAGAGCUUUACAUUAUGCAUGUGCAGGUGGAUACUACGAGAUAUGUGAACUGCUUAUAAACAAUGGAGCCAAAGUGAACGUCUCAGAUUACAAGCACUGGACUCCCCUACACAUAGCCGUUACAAAAAUGCAUAAAGAAAUAACGGAACUCCUCCUGAAGAACGACGCCAAUAUACACGCGAUGUUACCCCAUUCAUUGUCCCCAAAUAGGGGCAAAACUACGGCCAGCAUGUGCAUUCAUUUCGCAGCCAUUAAAGGGAGCAAAGACAUAACAGAGCUAUUGUUACAUUAUGGGGCCAAAAUUAAUGAUACCGAUUUAUCCAAUAGGACAGCCUUGCACUAUGCCGCAUAUCGAAAUAACUCAGAGUAUUUGAAAUUUUUAAUUUAUGAACAGAAGGCCAAGGUUAACAUCUUUGAUGUGCACAAUAGGCUGCCUAUCCACUCCGCCUGUUUGGGAGGCGUUUUAAAGAACGUGCAGCUGUUGGCAGAGAACAAGAGCUUCCUUCAAAAGAGAGACAUUUACAAUAUGAGCCCAAUGGACAUUGCCACUAUUAAAAAGUUUAAGAACAUAAGGAAAUUCCUGGCCAAGUACAUUCAUGAGAAUUUUUCCCCGUGCGAUGCGGAGGACGAGGCGGGGGACAUCAAGAAGAAGAAGGAGGAGGAAAAUGCCCAGGUGGAAGCGAAGAGCGGGGGGGAGGAAAACUUGAAAAAUGCGGGCGACGUACCCCCCACCGUAGAAAAAGCAGAAAAAGAAGAAAAAGCAAACGAAGCUAACGAAGGGGGCGAAGGAGACGAACAGAAAAUGGACCCCAAAGAAUUCUACAACGACAACAAGAUGAUUAAAGACAUUUUAACCACCACCAUCAGCACCAUCCUGAAGGAACGAAAUAGGGAUCAAAUCAAAAGAGUAGUGGACUCCUUGGGUGUGUACAUAUCACUGAGCCUUUUAGAGAAAACGAUUUUGAUUCAGAAUUAUGGCGGCAUAGAUAUGGUUAGUAAGGAGGGUAAGAGAACCAACGGGGGGGUCUUCUUUUACCUCAUAAAGUACAUGUACAAAAAUGAUAUUAUUUCAAAAUUUAAGUAUGAUUACAUUGUGGAGGAGGAGAAGGAGAAGAAAAAGACCUACAGGAAGUUAAAAAAAAAAUUGCUACAGGAGGAGGAGAAUGCGAAGGGGGGCAAUGCCAAGGACGUCGAGGAGGGGCUCAGUGGGGAGGUUCCCCCCGACGGGAAGAAUAAGAAUAAUAACAAUAAUAAUAAUAAGAAGAAAAACGAUAAGUUUAUGGGUCAAUCGAAGGGCACUCGAAAUCGCAGCGCAGUCUUUAAUAAUGCAAAGGGGGCUGUCAUGGAGAAUGUGCAGAAUGGUAGUGCACCCCUGGUCGGUGCUAACGGCAACAAGGCAUCAACAGGUUCCAACAUGCCGAAAAAUACACGUGCUAGUAAGAACGCCCUGAGUACGCAUAACGGGGAAGUGAAGAAUACUGGUAAUGAGCAAGUGGUCUCAUUGUCCGCCAUGGCACCAGUGGGCACAGUCCACAAAUACAAUUUUAACUCAUUAGCUACGAAAAACGCGAGGAAUAACACACAUUUUGGUAAUGUGCAGAGUGACCAUCUCCCCAAGGACCCUCACGUGAGCAACGCUGAAGAGGGAAAAAAUAAAAAAAAAAUGAAAAAAAAAAAAAAUAAUAAUAUGAUUAUUAAUAAUGACAGUAAUAAUAGGGCUCAAGUUGUUGGGGUGGACUUCCAAGCCGGUACCACAAACAACUGUGUGACAAAAGCGAAUGUCGGUUCGUCCUUCAUGAAUUUAGUGCAAAAUUCGUAUGGCAGCAUGCAAAGCAUGGUCGAGGCGCAAGGCCAGAGGAAGAGCGCUUAUCACCUGAACGGCGUUGCGUGCGAAGGGGGGAACUUUGAUUGGGGACAAGGCGGUGGUUGCAACGGCUUUGACGGUUUCGGAAGCUUCGGCAGCUUUGGCCAUUGGAACAGUGCUAUGAGCCUGAACUCCCGCCCUCCGCGCAGGAACCAAGUCAACAUGACCUUCCGGAACAACGGCAACCAGUAUAGCAAGUCAAUUCGGAGCUACCAGAAUGAGUUCCCAAUCCCGUAUGUGAACGGGGUGCAAAAGAGUGUCUAUGAGUACACGGGCUGCGCGGAGAACCCCGGGGCAUACCGACAUAACCAAAACGUGUACAUGGUGAACAAUGUGUGCAACCCACAUGUGAAUGGGAAACAGAAAAUGCUUUCAAGCAACUUGAGCGGUGGACGCUUUCGGGGCUACCCCAAGAUGUAG